AUGGCCGCCAUAGACCCUCCCUCUGCCCCCAACCCCGCCGGCGAUGCAGGCGUCCUUCCCGAGUUUCGCAGCCUUAGCCUCCAAGAUGCUCCUUCUCCCCCAGCAGACGAGAACGAGCUCGACGUCAUGACCAUGGAACGAGAGACGGCCAUGAAGCUCGUGCAGCGUGCAGUGCUGGCUCUGGCGAAUGCCACCGGCGAUGUGCCUGCCACACCACCUUUAUCGCGGCCCGCGACGCCGAGCAGUAGCAGGGAGAACUUGCCGGCAUUGAUGCGUGGACACCGCCGAACAGCUUCGCGACCAGCGACCCCUAUUCCGGCCGACCGGGAACCGCACCAGAGGGUGGAGCUGGAUCCAGCAGAGGCAAGCCAUGACGAGCCCACCAUCACCGAGGGAGAUAUUGGCUAUGGUGCUCAGCCAGAGCACAUUCAGCGAGCCAACAUGGCCAGGAAGUUCUUCUCCAAGACGGUGCCCAGGAUCAGCCUAGAGGACUACAUGAACCGGAUCCAACAGUACUGCCCUCUUUCCACUGGGGUUUGGUUGGCUGCAGGGUCGUAUAUCCUGCGAUUGUGCGUCCUGGACAAGGCUGUGCCGCUCACGCACAGGACCAUGCAUCGUCUCGUCCUCGCGGCGCUUGUGACGGCGAUGAAAGCUCUCGAAGACCAUCGUUGGCCCCAGGCACGCUUUGCAGGUGUAGGGGGCGUGGAUCAGCAUGCCCUCAGCCGGCUGGAGCUGUGUGUCGAGUUUCUGCUCUCGUUUGAUCUCCAAAUCUUCUCCCCGCAACAGAUGACGGGGAAUACGAUUGCCCUGCAAAAGGCUGCGCAAGCGGCGACCAUGUCGGCCAAGCUCCCUUCUUCAUUCAACCUGCGGAUAUCCAACCCCAAGUAUCGACAGUGA